AACAGUAGCGAGAGCGGGAGAGCCUAGUCUUGUAUACUUGUACGCUGGGAACUGUGCGUGCUCACAGAGUGUUGUAAAACUCAAUGGGUGCAGUUUGAAGUGGUAGCUUUAUUGAGGACUGUGUUGGAAUAGCAGCCAGAUCAGUAUUAUAUCAGACCAGGAUUAACCAUUAUUUCACCUGCUUCCUGUUAUUGUGUCAAAUUAGACCCAGGAGAACUGUUCCGGAGUCCCUAAUGAGACUGUUCGAGCAUGGAAAAAUGAUCACUGCCAAAACUACAGUGUCUUGGCGUCCAAGCUUGAUUGGACGAUGGAUUAAUAACAGUAAGAAUCAGCUCUCGUUUCUCUGAGGAUGUAUGUGUUGGACAUGUGGUCUUCAUCAGCCAGAUUCAAGAUUUGUAGAUAACCACAGUGUGACUGACAGCAUUUGAAUGAAAGCGACAGACAUAAUGAUCAACAACUUGCAACAUUCUUGACAGCUUUUCUACAUUACAUUUGAAGAUAUUCACCUCAAGUUAAAUCACAAAGCAGCAAGAUGGUUUCCAUGGCAACACUUAUUCCACUUGCUUUUCUACUUCCUGUCUUGUGCCCAGCUCAAGAGGUGGUUCUGUCGUACAGACUCAAGGAGGAGCAAUCAGCAAACACCUUUGUCGGUAAUGUGGCCCGAGACAGUUAUUUGUAUGGCAAUGUUACUGAGAGUGUAUUUCAGAGGCUAAAAUUCAACUUCUUCUCUCAGGGAAACCCAUCUUCCAGACUUUUUGAAAUUGACGAAAAGAGCAGUACAAUUCGGACGGCACAAGUGAUUGACCGGGAAGCACCUGAUGUCUGCGAGGGCAAGGCAGAGUGUAUUCUGAACCUAGACAUUGCUGUGUACAUCCGAGACGUGUCAAAAAAUAGGUAUGACCUCUAUAAACUGAUGCAGGCAAAGGUUGAUUUAGUGGAUAUUAACGACAACAAACCUGAAUUUCCCCAGGGUUCCGUCAGUCUCAGCUUACCCGAAUCGGUUCCGGUUAAUCAUAUGUUAUUGGCAAGUGGUGCGAUUGAUAAGGAUACUGGAGCCAAUAAUUCAAUUAAGAGUUAUGAAAUUAUUCCUGUAAAUGGGAUGUUUGAUCUCAAGGUACAACAUAAUUUCGGAACGUCUGAUCUUGGAAUUGUCGUUAAACAUAGUCUAGACCGUGAGACCAAAGACUUCUUUCAAGUGACCAUUGUAGCUAAAGAUGGAGGGUACCCUCAGCGGACUGGAUCAGUGUUGAUUAAUAUUACCGUCACCGACGUCAACGACAACAGCCCAGCGUUUAUCGAGUCAACUUAUAACGUGACUGUCAUCGAAAACGGCACUGUCAAUGCCACAAUUCUCCAACUGUCUGCAGUUGACCAGGACAAAGGAGCAAAUGGCGAAAUUUCAUAUCAUUUGAGUUCGCGGGCCUCUGACAAAGUUCGUAAAGCCCUCGCUAUUGACCCCGCUUCCGGUAAGGUGUACACAAUAGGCGAUAUUGAUUAUGAAGAGAACAAGCAAUUCCAGUUCAUGGUUGAGGCCAGGGAUAAAGGAUCACCAUCUCGGUCCUCGUUAGUUCCUGUUGUUAUUAAUGUUAUUGAUAAAAAUGAUAACAAACCAGAAAUAAACAUUAACUUGUCCCCAGAAGGAUCCGAUAUUUCGGAAGGAGCAGAAACAGGCAGGUUUAUAGCUCAUGUGUCUGUUACUGAUAGAGAUGAUGGCAAAAAUGGAGAUUUUACGUGCGAUAUGAAUGAUGCCCACUUUUCUCUUGAUAAAUUUAACGCAAAUGUGAAUAAUGUGUACAAGAUAAGCCUGAAAGAAAAACUGGACCAUGAAAGCUCCCCAACGCAUAAUGUCACCAUCACCUGUAAAGACAAGGGAGAUAACCCUCAGACAAACUCAACUAGCUUCCUGGUGAGAGUUCUUGAUGAAAAUGACAAUGCACCCAUGUUUAAUAAUGUACCAAUUAUUGGGCAAAUUGUGGAAAAUAACAAGCUUGGUAUGGAGAUUCUGCAAAUAACUGCUAAAGACUGGGACAGCAAGGAGAACGGGAGAGUGACAUAUUCUUUAGACAGUGACGCUGGGUCCAUGUUCACAAUUAACCCUGGGACUGGUUCUUUGCUCGCCACUGCACCAUACGAUAGAGAAACUGUGUCAAAAUAUGAAUUUGGUGUGAUAGCCACUGAUCAUGGUUCCCCUCCCAAAUCAUCAACAGCCAAAGUCCUGAUUCGGAUUCUGGAUCAGAAUGACAAGCCUCCCAGGUUUACUGUACCAGUGUUCCGAGGAUAUAUUCUGGAGAAUCAGCCGAUCAGAACACCAGUUCUGAAUCUGACUGCCACGGAUGAGGAUGAGAAACCUAAUAUGAAGUUUGCAUUUGCGCCAAACUCGGAUGUGAAUAAAUGGUUUGCUAUUGACGAAAACAGUGGAAGAAUCACAAGCAAGCGUUCAUUCGAUCGGGAAACUCAGAAAAAGUAUAACUUCACUGUGAUUGUUCAAGAUCCCAUGAUAACCAGUUUUCAUGAUACAGCUCAUGUAACGAUUCAUGUUCGAGAUGACAAUGACAACAUCCCGAUCAUCACAUACCCCACCAAGUCGAACAAGACUGUGCGUAUUCCCUAUGGAACAAAGGUGGGAACGAUUGUCACUAAAGUAACUGCCAAAGACACAGAUGACAUCGACAUCCAAUUCAUAAGAUUAACCUUUUCAAUCAUAUCUGGCAACAAAGGAAGUUUGUUUAAUAUAAACCAAAUGAAUGGUGAAUUGGCAGUUUCUCGUGUGAUGAAAUUGUCAGAUUUAGGAUUUCACGGACUAAAGGUUGCUGUUCAUGACAGUGGCACAAAUUCCAAGUCGGCCACUGCAACCUUGGACAUCUUUGUCGUCGAUGUCAACGGCACGGCUAGGAAUGAUGGUCAUUCUGAAGUACUUGAAAAAAAUAUGAUGAUUGUGAUUAUAUUGAUAGCAGUGACAGUUAUAUUAGCAAUUGCAAUUUUUGCAACAAUAUGCAUGAUUCGCAGAAUUGACAGAGAGCGCCAGCAAAGACGAUCAGCUAUGAUCAAAACAGAUGAGGACAAAACAUUAACAGCAAUAUCAAACAGAGACAGUUUUUUAGUCAUAGCCAAAGACUCAAAUGAGAAUGAUGACGCAAAGUUAAAACGGAAUAAAAAAGAAGUUAGUUUUACAUUUGAGGAUGAUCGAGAUAUACACAACAUGAGCAAUUCCUCUGGCCAUGCGUCGAUGUCAACAUUUGGAGUUCCAGCACCGACAGAACAUUCCCAAUCGAAUUCUCAGGAGGUGAAUCUCAUGAUGACCCCUAUCCCUUCACUGGUUGAGAAACAAAACAACAUGAACAGCCCUGGUGCUCACGAACCUUCUAACAUUCCAGUACAAAACAAUAUCCCGGUGACGCCACACCCUACUGAUAAAACCUGGAUACAAAAUAUGAAUGAAACUGAGGCUCGGCAUUUAAUGGAGAUAUUAAAGAAACCAGACGAUAUUAUGAGUGAAACUUCAGGGGAGACCGGCACUAGUGACAGUGGUCGCGGUGGAAGCGAUGAAGAUAUAAACAGCAAUAGAAGUGCUACACAUGAUAUAGAUGAUCCUCGUAUUCUUCAUCCAGCUCACUUCGUUGGAGCCGAUCGUAUCUCACGAUUUAACGAUGGCCGCAUGUCCGAGUUGUCCCGGUCAUCUCGCAGAAACGGAUCACGUGGUCAUGUUGUGUCCCCAAUGCCCAGUGGAACAGGUAAACGCAUUAGGGAGGAAUCUUUGGAUUAUGGAAGGUCACACGACCUCCCCCAAAGCUACACGGCAAGCCCGUGUCAUUUUGAACAUUUUCCAUCCCAUAAUAUAGCCAAAGAUUCCACAUCCCGUAAUUUGCAAGACGACGGUUACCAUCGAAUGGAUCUUUCAUCUUAUCCUCCCAGACAAACAGACUUUUAUUCAAGUGGGAGCUGGCGGGCCGAUUCCAUGAGUUACCGUGACGAUGAUGACAGAACGACAACAUCCGGAAGCUAUACAAUUAAUCCUGAGGAGCUGCGUCAUGAUAUGGAUGAAGUAUUCUACACAGAACAGGAUAUUGUUGUGUAACUUCAGAAUUACAUUGAUUCUAAUGGAUGUUAAGACAUUCCGUCUGUCUGUGUGUCUGGUUGCCGCGGAUACCGAAGAGUAUAUCCAACUGUCCAUGGAUGCCCUGUGAAAGCCUGUGAAAGCCAAAGAUGCCUACUAUUAUGGAACAAGACUGGCGUCAGGAGCCACUCCAAUCCUUUGUGUUAACAGACCUUCAUCCGAAGAUCAACAGCCUUAUUGGAAACAUGAAGUAUUAAUUGUGCCAAUAUAUGACAAACUAUUGCAAGACAUUUGUUCUUGAUGAACAAAAACAUGCAUCCCUGAUAUUUCCCACAGACAAUGAACCGAUCAUGAUUCCUUAAACGCCUACGACCACAUUGACACUUUCGCAAAUGCUCUAUGCAAAGGUAGUUGAAUAGCGUUCAUCAGCAAAAGCUAGACCCUUGUUCGGUUGACACAUUAUAUGUUGUACAGAGCUACCUUUCUGUUGCUUUUGUUGGACCAGUUUAGUUCUGAGCAGUCGUAUCUAUCACAAAUACAGUGAAACCCUGCUAAUCCGGAAACCUUGAUAAUCUGGAAACCCUGCUUAUAUGGACAAUUGCUGAUGGGAAAGUCCAUAUAUUAAUACAAUAUGUCCAGGAUUCAUUCAUCUGGAAUUGGUUAAUCCAAUGAUUUAUCUGAGAAUGCUACUGUCCUGAUUAAUAGGGUUUCACUGUAGCUUUAUUAUCACAAUCAACAAACGGAAUUAACUUGUUAAGCAGGUGGGUUUUUAGCUUCCAAAAUAAGUGGACAAAACAGCCAACGGCAGAUGACAAAGUGGUGCUAUAUUGCGACCUUUAGGGUCAGACUUUUUUAUAUUCCCCAUGGAAUAAUCUCCAAGUGGAGGUGUGCUCAGUCUCCCAUGAUACAGGGGACUACAGUUUUUUCGGACAUGAUUCAAUAUCAUGCAAAAGUUUUUUUCUGAGAUCAUAUCUCAGGCACUAAAAAAGGAGUUGUUUUGAUAACAGUGCAAGCUGAAGUAAUAGUGCUAUAUCUCCCGAUACUUCAGAAACUGGUGAUUAAUUGUUGACAGGCUUCCACUAAAAGUCUCACGAAAUGUCUCUCAAGAUUUAUUUUGAUGUCUGUAUUACUGCUUAUGUGGUGAUAAUUACUGGUUAGAAAUUGGAUACAAUUUCCAUUGAACAAACUCUCAGACUUUAGGAGAGUGUUUGCGUUCAUCUAGAGUAACUGUUGACAGGUUUCCUCAACACAACUAUAUUUUAUUUCCUCAUUUGGUGAAUGUGUUUGUUUUGAAACCCAAAUCAAACCAAUUAUGUUCUGUUUGUAUAUAUAUAUCUUAAAUUAUUGAUGGACAUAAUAAAAUUUGAAAUGUCUUCAGAAUUAUCAACAUUUCUGUCUUAUUUGAUUAAAAAUGAGACAAUAUUGUCAGAUAAACAUCUGGCAUUAAUCAACUUAUUGGGACGACAAUGGUUAGAGUUGAAUAAUUAUGACAGUGUAAGAUUAAGAUCUUCAUAAGGAGUCCCACACUGAUCCAUUUGUCAGUAAUUUUAAACAUUGUAAAUUGAAUAAAUUUUAUCACAUUUCAAGGUCGGCUGGGUCACAUGAGUGGGAGGCCCUUUGAUCAAAUCUCGAUAAAUGUUUAUUGUUUAAUGGCCACUGUCGGACCGGACAUUAAGUUUGGACAAUGGGAUGGACACUCUGAUCGUCAUCUGUUAUGGUUGUACUUGACCACAAUGGAAGCAAAGUCCACGAAGACAAACUUUUGUUUGCUUGGUCAACCGCUGUAGUGACCAUUAUUGAAUUUGUUCAUGCAAAAGUGGCGAUAAAUGUGAUGAAAUUUAAUGAUUUUGUGGCCAAUUAAAGCGUCUCACAUCAGAAAAUCUUAAACCGCCUCUGGAGUUUGAUUUCUUUGGGGAUUCACUUCUGAUUAAAUUGUGCACUGGUUGGAGUUAUUAGACAAUACAGAAAUGUAAUAUUCCUAAACUGUUCCAAUCCCUUUGUUCAAAUUUGCCAAUAGAAACAGCAAAGACCCUUUAUGGAUUUUACCAGCCAUUAUGUAUUGGGUGAUAACGCUUGGACAAGAUUUAGUAGGCAUAUACAAGGCUCUAAUAGCAGUGUCAGAGUGGAAUCCACAUUUGCAGGAAUAAAUCCAUCCAGCACAAACAUUAGAUUAAAUCUUGACAAAUUUAAUGAGAGUUGGUGGCAAGGGGCAUGAAGUUUGAGCAUUGGCCAAAUAUCGAGGGUUAAAAGCAUGGGGUGAACAUGUGACUUACUGGCAGAAAGUAUCCACGAUACCAUCUUCAUGUUUACUGCUUUUGUGGUCAGCUCCUCUUCUAAGGGUCAGUGAAUUCAACAGUGUCAACUUCUUAUUUGUGGGACCCAGCUGUUGGUACCGUUUAAUAUGGUUAUUCCUAACAUGUCCAAAUUAGCUGCACUUUGUCUACGGAAAUCUUCAAAAGAAGUGAUUGGCAUUUCAGAGUGAAAUGAGAAAGGCUUAUCUUUCAAUGUCAUUAGGAAUUCAAGUUUGGGGAUGUGUUUUUAAGUCAUUUGUCAUGAGUUUGUGUCUAAUUAGGAAACAAUGACCUUUUGUAGUUUGGAAAACUUGACUGUACAUUGUGACAUGUUAAAGGACUUCUGAAGAAACUUCUGUUUUGAAACAUCGGAAUUGCAGUACAACUGAGUUAUUCUAACAUCAUUGGGUAGAUAGAAUGACACUAUAUCUUUGGGUAUGAGUUUGAAAUGGGUUCUUAUAUUAUUAACAGAUUAAAAUGUUAUUCAGUUUGGUAUAUAAAUUAAGAAAUUAUUCUGUUGGUCACAUUUUUACAAGUCAUCAUUUGGUGAACUGAAAAAUGACAUUUUAGAAGUUUAGAAGUUUGAUCAAUGGUUAUUGGAGUACAUAUCAAUAAAGUACAUAUUAUUUGUGUUGAGGAAACAUUGUCAAUAUCUACGAGGAAUAAUUCACCCCAAUUAUGUUUUUAGGUUUGUCAACAUCAUACCCGUGCUUGUGGGUUUCACCAAAGUGGUAAACGUCUGAGACUUGCAUCACUUCGGGCUUUCCACCCACAUUAAGCUGACACGCCGUGAUAUAACUUGAAUAUUGUUCAGAGGCGUUAAACCCAACUCACUCACUCCAGGAAUAAAGUAUUCCCCAUCAGA